AUGGGAUCCAACAGCCUCCCGUACAUGGAGACGAAGCCCAAGCUUAUCUUCUUCACUGACUUUGAUGGGACAAUUACUGUUGAUGACAGCAAUGACUUCAUGAUUGACAACCUUGGCUUCGGCAAAGCCAAUCGCAUGGUGUUGAACGACCAGGUCCUGAACGAGACCCUGAGUUUCCGUGAUGCCUUCCGCGAGAUGCUUUCAAGCAUCAAGACCCCAUACGACGAGUGUAUUCAAAUAUUGCUGAAGAACAUGAAGCUGGACCCAUACUUCGAGGAAUUCUACUACUGGGCCAAGGACAACAACGUGCCCAUUGUCAUUUUGUCGUCUGGCAUGCACCCCAUCAUCAGCGCUUUGUUGGAGAAGUUCCUUGGCCACAAGCCGGCCAACCAUCUCACUAUUAUUGCCAACCAGCCUACGAGCCGGGAUGGUAAGGAUAUAAACAGCGAAGGUGGCUGGCAGAUCAAGUACCACGAUGACAGCCACUUCGGCCAUGACAAGUCCUUGGAAAUCAAGCCAUACGCAGCGCUGCCGGAUGAAGAGCGCCCCAUUCUCCUUUAUGCAGGUGAUGGUGUCUCCGAUUUGUCUGCCGCUGCUGAGACCGACCUUCUUUUCGCGAAGCAGGGCAAAGAUCUGGUGACAUACUGCCAACGCAGAGGUAUGCCCUACACCACUUUUGAGAAUUGGUCCACAAUCCUCUCGACUACCAAAGACAUUUUGAGCGGUAAGGUAACGGCUGGUGAUGUGGCUGCCAAGGCUUCUCUCGGCCCGUAG